GCCCCAAAUUUUGGGCUCUCCUCUCCCCCAAUCGAAACCAGAACACUCCGAGAAAUAAUCAAAAAAUAACUUUUUAAAAUUGUUUAUUUUCCUUUCUCUGUUGCGAGAUGAAUGGAGAAGGAAAAGAAAGCAUGGAGGUGAAAAUGGAGGGAGGAGUUAACAAAGAGCGCGUGGUUUUCAUGUGGGGAUAUUUGCCCGGAGCUUUGCCUCAUCGGGCGCCGCUUUUAUCGCCGACUGCCGUGCAGAUUCCGGCUUCCGGCGGUUGUUAUUGGACCGACGUAUGCGGUGGCGGUUGCGGAUUCGCCAUGGCCAUCUCCGAUUCAGGGAAGCUAAUCACAUGGGGUUCAACAGAUGAUUUAGGUCAAAGCUACGUCACAUCCGGGAAGCAUGGGGAAAUUCCAGAGCCAUUUCCACUUCCAACUGAAGCUUCCAUAGUGAAAGUAGCAGCUGGCUGGGCUCACUGUGCUGCAGUUACGGAGAAUGCAGAAGUUUACACAUGGGGGUGGAAAGAGUGUAUUCCAUCAGGGAAGGUAUUUGGUGAUUCACCCAUGGGUACAAGCUUAGAGAAGGAUGCAUUUGAAAGACAGAACUCAUUUUUGGCGGAGCAAGUGAGCCCUUGUUCUCAAGGCUCAAGAUCAAGUGGCGGGACAUUUUCUGCUGCUGAUUGUAGAGGAGGAGGAGAGGAAAGUACAAAAAGAAGAAGAAUAUCAUCAGCAAAACAUUCUGCUGAAAGCUCAUCGUCUGGUGAUGAAACUCUCUCUGCAUUGCCAUGUCUAGUAACUUUGAAUCCGGGAGUAAGGAUUGCAACUGUAGCUGCCGGUGGGCGCCACACUCUAGCAUUAUCAGAUGUUGGGCAGGUCUGGGGCUGGGGCUAUGGAGGCGAGGGGCAGCUUGGUUUGGGUUCCAGGGUACGUAUGGUAUCCUCACCUCAUCCUGUACCUUGUAUCGAGCUCUCUUCUUUUGGGAGAGAUAGAGCUUCUGCACAUUCUCAAGGAAGCUUGAGUUCAGAGACGCAGAAUUUUAGAGUUCCUGGAAGUUACAUAAAAGGGAUUGCCUGUGGGGGGCGACACAGUGUGGUAAUCACAGAUGCUGGUGCACUACUUACUUUUGGAUGGGGACUCUAUGGACAGUGUGGACAAGGAAGUACAGAUGAUGAAUUAAGCCCAACCUGUGUAUCUUCCUUAAUGGGCAUCAGGAUAGACUCGGUUGCUGCAGGACUGUGGCACACAGUUUGCGUGUCAGCUGAUGGUGAUGUGUAUGCGUUUGGUGGGAAUCAGUUCGGGCAGUUGGGAACCGGAGGUGAUCAGGCCGAGACUCUCCCGAGGCUCUUGGAUGAUCCGAGUUUGGAAAAUACGCAUGUAAAAGUUGUCUCAUGUGGAGCUCGCCACAGUGCUGUACUCACAGAGGAUAGCAAAGUAUUCUGCUGGGGAUGGAACAAGUAUGGCCAGCUCGGCCUUGGUGACGUGAUUGAUCGCAAUAUUCCAUCUCAAGUUACCAUCAAGGGUUGCUGCCCAAAAAACGUCGCAUGCGGAUGGUGGCAUACCUUGCUUCUAGUGGAGUCACCUACCUGAGUAUCUUGACCCAGGCCUCGGAACAGUUUUGUUAGUUUCUCCAGGAUGAUUUCUCAUUUCACUACCAGAAACCUACCUAUGUUGAAGCAGAUUCAGUAAACACUUUGUCCGAUGCCAGCUCGGACAGCAACCGGUGAUCCAGAUUUGAGUUUCACUUUCCCGGAAACCAAACAGGAUUUUCAGCCAGGCAAGUAGAAAUAUAGUAAAAUUAAAAAGAUAAAUGACUGGUUGCUCAUUUAUAUCUGUAGUUUUAUUUACUCUCUUUCUUCUCUCUGGGAACAUUUUAAAGUUUGGUUAAAGGAGUUUAGGGUUUGUAUUUGAGAAAUAUGGAACUGAUUUGUUGCUAGAUGGUUCCCCCGUUAAUGGGGGCAACAUAAUGCUGGGAAAUAGUACCCAUCUUUAAGAAUUUGAUGGUUUUGUAAAUCUGAGUUUAGGUCAUUAUUCGGAUA